GGGGAAAGCUUUUCUUCUCCCAGCAGCGGCAGCAGCGGCGCGGCGGCGGCGGCUCACACCGGAUACUCAUCACGUUAAACAGCAGUCGAGAGAAGAAGGACGCUCCCGGGCUCCCGGCUCCCCCGUCCCACCGCUCUCUGCUCACUUUGGGCGGCCACCUCGCGUCUUUGUUCCGUUCCCGUGGUCGUGUCGGCGCCUUCCCCUCCGGAGCGUUUCUCUGCGUGGCGCACUCGGGUUUCUUCUGCUGACAUGGUAGAUUAUCACGCUGCCAACAACCAGCCCGGCGCCGGCGGGGCGCAGACCUACAUGGAGCAGGAGAACGACUGGGACCGGGACCUGCUGCUGGACCCGGCCUGGGAGAAGCAGCAGCGGAAGACCUUCACGGCCUGGUGCAACUCCCACCUGAGGAAGGCCGGCACGCAGAUCGAGAACAUCGAGGAGGACUUCAGAGAUGGACUCAAGCUCAUGCUGCUGCUGGAGGUCAUCUCAGGUGAACGGUUACCCAAGCCCGAGCGAGGAAAGAUGAGGGUCCACAAGAUCAACAACGUGAACAAAGCCCUGGACUUCAUCGCCAGCAAAGGAGUCAAACUGGUGUCUAUUGGAGCUGAAGAAAUUGUGGAUGGAAAUGCCAAGAUGACCCUGGGAAUGAUCUGGACCAUCAUCCUCCGCUUCGCCAUCCAAGAUAUCUCUGUGGAAGAGACCUCGGCCAAGGAGGGUCUUCUAUUGUGGUGCCAGAGGAAGACCGCUCCCUACAAGAAUGUCAAUGUGCAGAACUUCCACAUGAGCUGGAAGGACGGCCUCGCCUUCAACGCCCUGAUCCACAGACACAGGCCGGAUCUCAUCGACUACGACAGCCUCAGAAAGGAAGACGCAGUCACCAACCUGAACAACGCCUUCGAGGUGGCGGAGAAGCACCUGGACAUCCCCAAGAUGUUGGACGCAGAAGACAUCGUGGGCACGCUGCGGCCGGACGAGAAGGCCAUCAUGACCUACGUGUCCUGCUUCUAUCACGCCUUCUCCGGCGCGCAGAAGGCGGAGACGGCCGCUAACCGCAUCUGCAAGGUGCUGGCGGUCAACCAGGAGAACGAGCAGAUGAUGGAGGACUACGAGACGCUGGCCAGCGACCUGCUGGAGUGGAUCCGCCGCACCAUCCCCUGGCUGGAGAACCGAGUACCAAAGAACACCGUCACCGAGAUGCAGGCCAAACAGGAGGACUUCAGAGACUACCGCUGCGUGCACAAGCCGCCCAAGGUCCAGGAGAAAUGUCAGCUGGAGAUCAGCUUCAACACCCUGCAGACCAAGCUGAGGCUCAGCAACAGACCCGCCUUCAUGCCGUCGGAGGGACGCAUGGUGUCCGACAUCAACGGGGCGUGGCACACCCUGGAGGGAGCCGAGAAAGGCUACGAGGAGUGGAUCCUCAACGAGAUCCGGCGCCUGGAGAGACUGGAGCACCUGGCCGAGAAGUUCCGUCAGAAAGCCGCCAUCCACGAGUCGUGGACCGACGGGAAGGAGGCCAUGCUGACCCAGAGGGACUACGAGACCUCCACCCUGUCGGAGGUCAAGGCCUUGCUCCGGAAGCACGAGGCCUUCGAGAGCGACCUGGCGGCCCAUCAGGACCGCGUGGAGCAGAUCGCCGCCAUCGCGCAGGAGCUGAAUGAACUGGACUACUACGACUCGGCCCGCGUCAACGACCGCUGUGCCAAGAUCUGCGAGCAGUGGGACUCGCUGGGAACCCUCACCCACAAGCGCAAAGACUCGCUGGAGAGGACGGAGAAGCAGCUGGAGUCCAUAGACGAGCUGUACCUGGAGUACGCCAAGAGGGCGGCGCCCUUCAACAACUGGAUGGAGGGCGCCAUGGAGGACCUGCAGGACAUGUUCAUCGUCCAUAACAUCGAGGAGAUCCAGGGUCUGAUCUCGGCUCACGAGCAGUUCAAGUCCACGCUGGCCGAGGCCAACAAGGAGCGCGAGGCCAUCCAGAACAUCCAGGCCGAGGUGCAGAAGAUCGCCCAGAGCAACGGCAUCAAGCUGAGCGGCGCCAACCCCUACACCACCAUCACCCCCCAGAGCAUCGACGGCAAGUGGGAGAAGGCGAUGGAGAUGGUGCCGCAGCGUGACCACGCCCUGCAGGACGAGCUCAACAAGCAGAACUCCAACGACACCCUGAGGAAAACGUUCGCCACGCAGGCCAACGCCGUGGGACAAUACAUCCAGGACAAGAUGGAGGAAAUCGGCAGGAUAUCCAUUGAGAUGAACGGCACCCUGGAGGACCAGCUGACCAACCUGAAGGACUACCAGGACAGCAUCAUGUCCUACGCCCCCGAGAUCAACAAGCUGGAGGUCUGCCACCAGUCCAUCCAGGAGGCGCUCAUCUUCGACAACCAGUACACCUCCUACACCAUGGAGCACCUCCGUGUGGGCUGGGAGCAGCUGCUGACCACCAUCGCCAGGACCAUCAACGAGGUGGAGAACCAGAUCCUGACCCGUGACGCCAAAGGCAUCAGCCAGGAGCAGCUGUACGAGUACCGGACCUCCUUCAACCACUUCGACAAGGACCACAGCGGCGCUCUGAUGGCCGAGGAGUUCAAGGCCUGUCUGAUCAGUCUGGGCUACGAUGUGGAGAACGAGAAGCAGAAGCGAUCGGGACAGAUGGUGUCGGAUGAUUUCCGAGCUCUCCUCAUUGCUACAGGAAACAGCCUGGGUGAAGCCCAGUUUAACCGCAUCAUGGCCGUCGUGGACCCCAACGGCAGCGGCGCCGUCACCUUCCAGGCCUUCAUCGACUACAUGUCCAGAGAGACGACCGACACGGACACGGCCGACCAGGUCAUCGCCUCCUUCAAGAUCCUGGCCGCUGACAAGAACUACAUCCUGGCCGACGAGCUGAGGAGGGAGCUCCCGCCCGACCAGGCCGAGUACUGCAUCGCCCGCAUGGCGCCCUACGCCGGGCCCGACGGCGUGCCCGGGGCCCUGGACUACAUGUCCUUCUCCACGGCCCUGUACGGAGAGAGCGACCUGUAGAGCCGCCCGGCGGAGCGGGCGGAGGAGGGGUGGAGGAGCGGGGGGAGGGGGGGCGCCCCUGCGUCUGCCGGAUUGAAAAUGGCUUCUGGAGCUGCAGUUAGGUUUGGAGAUCAGUUUGUCACAACGUUUAUGUGAACGGGCAUAUCCGGGGGCAGCUGUGGGACGGGUCCUUAGCUUCACCCUCUCUGCCUUUUGUUGGGGGUCCAGUGUUGGGGGGGAGGGAGGGAGGGAGGGGAGGGGGUGGGGGGGGGGAGCGACACAAGCUAAUCUGAUACUUAUGCUAAUUUUUUGUUUAUUUUAUUAUAAUUUUCUUCUUCUUGCCACAGGGGGGCAGCGUGGGGUUCAGAUGGCAAGGUUUGUGUAUUAGAUCCUAGAGAGAUAUAUGCUGGGGGGGGGGGGGGCUGACCAACCACAGAGAAGAUGACUUAUUUACCCAGAAUUCCCUAGUUGCUGUCUGACCUGGGCUCUUCUUCUCCUCCUGUCUGCGCCCGCCUCCUCCUUCGUCUUUGCUUCUUGGGAGCAGGUGGGUGGUGGGACGGGUGAGACGGGUGUGUGUGGGCGCUGCACACACACACACACACACACACACACACACACACACACACACACACACACACACACACAGUGCAGCCCCUCCCCCCUCUGUCAUCGUAUAAUAAAGUUAGAGUGAAAGGUUUGAGCUUCCUCCACAGGACUCUUCAGCUUCUUACUUUGUCGUCUUUGGGGAAAAGUUGAAGCCUGUAAAAUUAAUCUUUAAAAAAAAAAAAAAACCCCUAAAAAAAGGUUCCUAUCCUGUUGUGUUUGACGGGCUACAAAUUCAUCCACAAAUAUUUGCUUCUGUGAAACUUUCCAGACGGGCAUCAGGUGCUUAUUUAAUAUAAAAAUACAGAGAAAGGCGACUUUUAUAUGCACACAGGAAUCCAGCGCGUCGGGGGCUUUGAUUGGCCGACAUUUUCAAAGUGAUGGAAACAGUAGAGAGGGAAUGAAGGUGUGUAUCGGUGGCGACAGCCCUGUCCUCCACCCUCCUCCACCCGUCUCCCCGUCCCUCGUUUCUCUCCAGCAGGACGGAGGGCAGCGAUCAGGAAGUCUUUCUAUAGAGAAACAUUCCAGUUUGAGAAAAUACAACAAAAAAAAAAAAAUAAAAAAGACAAAAUUGUAAUAAAAAAAAUAAAACUAUGCAAUCAUCUUGUGUUGAAUAUCAGAGUUUUCUGG